GUUUUUAGACCCUGUGAGUGAAGACAGCCUCGUGUUCCCAGUAUAUCAUGGCUUCAUCUUCAAGUUGCCUGAAAGACAAUCAAAAGCAGCUCGGGAAGGAGAACCCAGAUGUGAAAAGUAAACGGCAGGAAAUGACUACACUUGAGAGAGAAAAUCAAGGUCAAGAUAAGAAAAGUAAAGAUGUCCCAUCCACUUCUAAUCAGGAAAAUGAGAAUGGCAGUGGUUCUGAAGAAGUGAGCUACACUGUCAUUAAUCACCUGCCCUAUCGGAGACCCUCUCUGAGCUCCAAUGAUGGCGGUUAUGAGAACGUUCUGUCUACCACAGGAAGAGGGAGACCAUUAAGAGAAGGGUCAGAAACAGAAUAUGCCCGUCUCAGGACAACUUCUGUUAGUAGGCCUUCUUCCUGUACCCCUGAGAAUGAUUAUGAAUUUGUACUUCCUCACUAGAACCUUCAUUCCUCACCGUCUUCCAGUAACAAAGAUGAUACAGCAUAGUGGCCUCCAGGGGAGCUUCGCUUUCAGCAGUUCAUGAAACAUUCAUUUCUGGCCAAAUCUUAGAAAUUAUGUCCUUUUACUAUAUUUGCAUCGAGAAACUCUGAAAUACGGCAUUUCUGUGGUUUGGGUAAAGCCAUAUAGAUUGACAUAAUGAGAUAGAGUAUUCUGCAUCCUCUUGUUUGUAAGGUUUGAGGACAUGGAGGUGGUGGGAAAACCUUCCUAAGACAAUAAACACCCACAGAUAUACAACUUAGAAUAUCCAGUUUCAAUCCUGCUUUCCACAUUUCAAAACCCAACAUUCAUACUCCUAAUCAUCUAUUUCAAUUUUUGAGGUUUAAUAUAUGAAAUAAACUCUUAAAAUCUAAGACGAGUGACUAGACCAUUUGCUAACCUGAUAUUUACUUCAAUCUUGUCUUUUCCAUGUAUUAGAGAUUCUUGCCAUAAAUUUGAGGUAGUAGUUCAAAAACUAAUACAUUUUGAUAACUGGCCUUUCUGAAAGGAGAAACUGGGAGUGUCAUUAAGACAAAAAAGAGGAAUAAAUGAAUAAGGGUUAGGGUCUUUCUUUCCAAUAGUAAAUCACAGAAUUCUGCUUGAAGAUUACUAAGAAAAUGAAAGUAUACAUGCUUAUAGUUUUGUUCACAACAUACUACUUCAUUUAACCUAUGACUAGUUAUCUCAAAUGAGGAAGGAUGAAUAGUGUCUGGUUUUAAAAUUUAGGUAAAUUCAUAAGUAAUCCAUCUAUUUUACUUUCAUUCCCAAGGAUAUUCCAAAUGAUAUGCCAGCUUCUCAAUUAGGACACAAAGGCCGUAAGUGACAAAACAUUUAUGAUUAGUUUUUUACCAAAGUGGGUAUAGAGGGAACAUAUCUCAACAUAAUAAGAGCUAUUUAUGACAAACCUACAGCCAGCACAGGACUCAACAAUGAAAACCUGAAAACCUUCCCACUAAAAUCUAGGACAACACAAGGUUGUCCACUCUCACCACUCCUAUUCAACAUAGUCUUGGAAGUCCUAGCCACAACUACCAGGCAAGAAAAAGAAAUAAAAUGGAUCCAAAUUGGAAAUGAAGAGGUAAAACUGUCACUAUAUGAAGAUGACAUGAUACUAUAUAUGGAAAACCCUAAAAGCUCCACACAAAAACUACUAGAACUAAUAAAAGAAUUCAGCAAGGUAGCAGGAUACAAGAUUAAUGUACAAAAAUCAGUUUCAUUUCUUUACACUAAUGAUGAAUCAACAGGAAAAGAAAGUAAAGAAAUAAUUCCUUUUAAAAUAGCACCCAAAGUAAUAAAACAACUAGGAAUACAUCUAAUCAAGGAGGUGAAGACUUAUACAUGGAGAAUUACAAAACAUUGAUUAAGGAAAUUAAAGACUUUAAAAAUGGAAAGAUAUUCCAUGCUCCUGGAUUGGAAGAAUCAAUAUUGUUAAAAUGGUCACACUGCCCAAGGAAAUCUACAGAUUUAAAGCAAUCCCUAUCAAACUAUCCAGGACAUAUUUCACAGAACUAGAACAAAUCGUAAUAAAAUUUAUAUGGAAUCACAAAAGACCUAGAAUUGCCAAAGCAUUACUUAAGAAAAAGAAAAAGGCUGGAUGAAUAAUCCUCCCAGACUUUAGACAAUACUACAGAGCUACAGUGAUCAAAACAGCAUGGUAUUGGCAUAAAAACAGACAUAUGGAUCAAUGGAACAGAAUAGAGAGCCCAGAAAUGAGCCCAUAAACUUUUGGUCAAUUAACUUUAACAAAGGAGGCAAGAGCAUACAAUGGAAUAAAGACAAUCUCUUCAGCAAAUGGUGUUGGGAAAACUGGACAGCUGCACGUAAAUCAAUGAAGCUAGAACACUCCCUUACACCAUACACAAAAAUAAACUUAAAAUGAAUUAAAGACUUAAACUUAAGGCAAGACACAAUAAACCUCCUAGAAGAAAAUAUAGCAAAACAUUAUCUCACAUAUAUCUCAAAAAUGUUCUCCUAGGGCAGCCUACCCAAGAAAGAGAAAUAAAAGCAAAAAUAAACAAACGGGACCUAAUUAAACUUACUUGCUUUUGCACAACAAAGGAAACCACAAGCAAAACAAAGCAACAGCCUAUGGAAUGGGAGAAAAUUUUUGUAAAUGAACCCGACAAAGGCUUGAUUUCCAGAAUAUAUAAACAGCUCAUAUGACUUAAUAAGAAAAAAACAAACAACCAAGUUCAAAAAUGGGCAGAAGACUUAAACAAGCAAUUCUCCAAUGAAGACAUACACAUGGCCAAUAGACAUAUGAAAAAAUGCUCAAUAUCACUAAUUAUCACAGAAGUGAAAAUCAAAACUACAAUGAGGUAUCACCUCACACCAGUCAGAAUGGCCAUCAUUUAAAAGUCCACAAAUGAUAAAUGCUGGAGAGGCUGUGGAGAAAACGGAACCCUCUCACACUGUUGGUGGGAAUGCAGUUUAGUGCAGCCAUUGUGGAAAACAGUAUGGAGAUUCCUCAAAAGACUAGGAAUAGACUUACCAUAUGACCUAGCAAUCCCACUCCUGGGCAUAUAUCCAGAAGGAACCCUAAUUCAAAAAGACACCUUCACUUCAAUGUUCAUAGCAGCAUUAUUUACAAUAGCCAAGACAUGGAAACAGGCUAAAUGUCCAUCGACAGAUAACUGGAUAAAGAUGUACAUUUAUAUAAUGGAAUACUAUUCAGCCAUAAAAAUGACAACAUAAUGCCAUUUGCAGCAACAUGGAUGUCCCUGGAGAAUGUCAUUCUAAGUGAAGAAAGCCAGAAAGAAAAAGAAAAAUACCAUAUGAUAUCACUCAUAUGGGAAAUCUGAAAAAAAAAAAAAAAGAAAGAAAA